AUGACAGGGCUGGAGGAGGACCAGGAGUUCGACUUCGAUUUCCUUUUCGAGUUUAACCAGAGCGAUGAAGGCACCGCUGCUGCCCCAGGUUCCAGUGGCAUCUCGCUGGCCAUCUCCUGGUGCGCGGAAGAAGCAGUGACAGCGACCCUACACGGCUACUUGGAGAACGAGCCACUCACACUACAGCUGUUCAUCGGGACGGCCGACGACCGCCUGCUGAGACCCCACGCCUUCUACCAGGUCCACCGGAUCACGGGCAAGACCGUCUCCACCACCAGUCACGAAGCCAUCCUCUCCAACACCAAAGUCCUGGAAAUCCCACUGCUGCCGGAGAACAACAUGCGAGCCAUUGUGGACUGUGCCGGGAUUCUGAAGCUUCGAAACUCGGACAUCGAGCUGCGGAAAGGGGAGACGGACGUCGGGAGGAAGAACACCAGGGUGAGGCUGGUCUUCCGGGUCCACAUCCCACAGCCCAACGGCCGGACGCUGUCUCUGCAAGUGGCCUCCAACCCCAUCGAGUGCUCCCAGCGGUCGGCCCAGGAGCUGCCCCUCGUGGAGAAGCAGAGCGCAGCCAGCUGCCCCGUCCUCGGCGGGAAGAAGAUGGUCCUGUCUGGCCACAACUUUCUGCAAGACUCCAAGGUCAUUUUCGUGGAGAAAGCACCAG